UUAUAUUUAUAAUUUAAAAAAAAUUUAAAAAAUUCCUCAAACCCCUUCCAGCCCAGGUUUGGGCUGGAGAAACAGACUAAAUGUAUUGAAUUAGUCAUUUUUUUAAUAGAUAUAAUAAUAUUUAUAUAUGAUAUUUUGUAUAAAUAUUAUAUAUAUUUUUAUAAUAGUAUUUACUCUUUCCUUCAAAUUUAUUCUCUUUGAUUAAAUUUAUUUCAUUACUAAUUGGUCACAUUUAAUUAUUAUUCUUCAUUCAAUAUUUAUUUAUAACAAAUACUCUUAAUUUUAUUAAGUUCUUUCUCUUUAUUUACUUUAAUUUUUAACUAAAAUUUUAAAAAUACUCUCAGCUCUUUUUUAUUUAAUUUUUUGUUACCGUUCAUUCAAUAAAAUAUUCAUAUUUCUUAAUAUAUGCGUCGUGUUGGACCCAAAUUAACUAAUUCUAAUGAACAAAUGGAAUAUUAAUUAGAAAAUGCAUUGAAAAUUUUUGUUGGAAGAACAUUUCUACUAUAUUCAACCUAUUAUUUUUUGUUAAGAGAAUAUAAAUAAGACUCUCAAAGCCGAACGAAUGCAAUAUAUAAUACAAUAUAUCAUCUCAAAACUGACAAAUUGAAAUUGGGCUCUGAUGUUGUCAAAACUAAUAACACAUAUUCCUGACAUUGAUUCGUUUCACAAAAGACAUCGAUUAAAAAGCAGAGCAACAUACGAAGCCUAAACACAGUUAGUCAUUGUUGUUGGAAUAUUUUUAUUUUAGAUUUAGAUUUAGUUUUAAUUUAAUACAGUAUUUGUUUAGAUUGAUUUAUUUUAGAUUUGGUAAGUUUAUAUGACAAUUUGAUUUAUCAUUAAGUUAUACUCAUUCCGUCCCAAAAGAGUCAUUUUACUGAGUGUUGGGACGGAAAUUAAGAAAUAAUAGUAUUUAAUUGAAAGUGAGUAUAAAGUGGAAUGUAAAAGACUAAAAUGCCUUUACUUUUUGAAGGAUUUUAAAAAAUAUAUUAAAGUAAUAAUUAUGGGUAAUUUGGAAAAGUAGGAAUAAUUUUGUUAUAAAGUGAACCACAAUUACUAAAUAAGAAAACAUGACAAUUGUUUUGAGACAGAAGAAAAUAAAAAAAACAUGAAAAUUGUUUCGAGACAGACGAAAAUAAAAAAAACAAGACAAUUCUUUUGGAACGGAGAGAAUAUUAUUUUGUUUAGAGUCCGUGUUUCACCAUGUUUUUAUAUAUAUAUAUAUAAUAUUGACAUUUAUUUUGAUGAUCAACAGUAAUGCAAUUUUUAAAUUUCCGUAAAAUAUUUCGAACAAUUGUAAAAGAGAUCGAAGCUUACAGUUUGCUCGAAAAACUUGUGAGGAAAAGUCGGCUUGUGCGCCGUCCUGAUUCGUUGGCAAAUACAAUCUGCAGGGCAUCCCGAUUUGGCGGGAAAGAAGCUACAUUUUGGCGGGCAAAAUCAAGAAUUAAGAAUGAUGAUGAUGGGUAAGAGAAGCACGGGCAGGCGUAAAAUCGCCAUGGAAAAGAUCGCGAACAAGGCGAGUUUGCAGGUGACCUUCAGCAAGCGCAGAAUGGGGAUUUUCAAGAAGGCCAGCGAACUCACCAUUCUCACCGGCGCCGACGUCGCCGUUCUCGUUAAUUCGCCGGCGAACAAGGUUUUCGCCUUCGGGAGUCCCUCCGUCGACUGGGUGCUCGACAAGUUUCAGAUGGGGGAAACGGCGCCGGCGAAGGAGAGCGGACUGUGGUGGUGGGAGAAAUCGAUUGAAGGUAUGGAAUUGUACGAAUUGGAUGAAUUCCUGGCCGCCAUGGGAGACCUGCAAGAAAAGAUUAACCGACGCCUUGAAGAGUUGAAGACGACGACGACGGAGAAUUUGGCGAAUGUUGUUGUUCCUACGACGUCGUAUUGUGUAUCCGAUCUUCUUCUUGAUAAUCAGCAGCAAUCUCCAUUUCUGCCGAAUCUUGAGUUCAAUUCCACGACGUCGUUUGGUGUAUCUGAUGUUCUUCUUGAUAAUCAGCAGAAAUCUCCAUUUCUGCCAAAUGAUCUUGAGUUCAAUUCCACGACGUCGUUUGGUGUAUCUGAUGUUCUUCUUGAUAAUCAGCAGAAAUCUCCAUUUCUGCCAAAUGAUCUUGAGUUCAGUUCGACGUCGUUUGGUGUAUCUGAUCUUCUUCUUGAUAAUCAGCAACCUGCAUUUCUGCCAAAUGAUCUUGAAUUCAAUUCGGUUGUUCCUACGACGUCGUUUGGUGUAUAUGAUCUUCUUCUUGAUAAUCAGCAACCUCCAUUUCUGCCAAAUCUUGAAUUCAAUUCGACGUCGUUUGGUGUAUCUGAUCUUCGUGCUGCGGAUAAUUAUCAAACUCCAUUGCUGCCAAAUGUUGGAUUCGAUGGUUCUGAACGUUAUGAUCUAAUUGGUUUCCAGGGAGAACUGCUGAGUGCUAAGGAUGAUCUUCUGUUGCAGAAUUCAACUAUGGCUCCUCCUUCUUCAGAUGCAGAUUUUGAUUAUGGUUUUGAUGAUUUUGCUUCGCGGUGGUGAUCGGAGUUCAAAUCGAGUUAUUGAUUUGGGGCAAUUCUGAAACCCUAAUUUUGCAGCUGUCUGGGGUUUACUGCUAGAAAGAAUUAAUUGCAUCUGCCGUUCUUCAGGUGAUUUUGAUUUUGUUAUUAUAAAUACAAUUGAAAAAUUAUUUGUGUUUAUUAAUUAGA